UCUUGAUACUCGAACGAAUGAAGUACGGUGUUAUAAGCAAUGAACUUACACAGUAAUGACGAUUCCAUUCGGUUUAACUUUACAUCAUGUGAUGUUGAAUCAUCCAUCGAUACAGUAGCGUCUCAGAUUAGUUCACGAACGAAUUUUAACUUUCGAUCUAAUAAUCCAUCCCAUGUGUGGCAUAAAAAUUGCAGUGGAGAUAGUCAAAGCAAUGGCUGGUCCUCUAUGGAUAUCCAGUUGCUGAACGAUGACCAUGAGAAGGCUAUACUGAGUGAUUUGUAUAAAACUGCCGGCACGGAAAGCACACCUUUGACUACAUUUAGCUAUAUCAGUGAGUACAUUUGCUCGAACAAUAUCGACAUAUGGCCAGGAGAGCUACCAACUUCGUCAAACACCGAUGUAAAAUUGAGUUUUGCAGAACGGAACGUUGGAGAGAAGCGGUUUUCCAGGGCCAGCCGUAUGCAUCAACAGAUUUAUUUACAAUCUAAACGCGUGCUCGAGUUGAUUUUUACACAAAACCAUGAGAUACUGACAUUAUUACGUCGAAAACAGUACACUAAUAAAACAUUAAAGCGGAUUUAUUAAAUAUUUUUGACUCUGAAACCUUUCUUCUUUUUUCCUUUGUGACACUACAUCUUCCAAAAUUUUGGCGUGCAAUUUCUUGACUUGCAUUUACCCGUAGUAGCAUGUUCUGUGCAAUCAACAUUUUGUGGAAUAGGAACGAAAACGUUGUUAAUCGCGACUGGAUAUGGAGUCUUUUUGUUUUUGCAUAUUUUUGAUUGCGAUACAGAAAUCGGGGUUAUUAAUUGUAUACUUAAUGUCUCCUUAGAAUACUUUUACAACGAUAUAAAACAGAAGUACAUUUGUAACAGUGGCACAACUAUUGUAAUAGUAAACUCAUAAAAAAAUGUUAAAUAAACUUUUACUAAACGUUUCGA